AUCACUUCGAGUUUAGUCUUUAAUUUACUCGAGGAGUAAAUAGACGACAUUACAUGGCCUCGCAGAGACACGAAAUUUCUCUUUGAGUGUUGAAAAAAAAAAAUCACGUGUGAGCGCUCCUUUCGAACAGUUUUAUGAUGAAUUUAAAGUUACAAAAUGCUGCACAAAGACGUUUUGUCUUUGUUGAGUGUUACAUAGUAAAAUUACUUCCAUGCGUUGAGUGACUUUCUGAACGUUCUCUACGUUUUUUAAUUAUUCAUUAAUAAUAAAUUAGGGCAUGUUUACAUUUCAGCAUGAGUCAGCAGAUUUGCAUCAGUUACUGAAAUCAUAGAAUAUGUCGAAAAGCUUCUACUAUUCGCCUGUUUAGUAUUUUCUAGAACCAUAUGUCAAACGGUAUACAAGUUUCAAGCGAGUUCUUUUGACGAACUAAGUUUUUUCCCAUGAGCUCGCGUGCUGUGUUUAGUCAAGUGUGACGAAGGUCGAUUUUCAAGUUCUGUGUUUACAAGUUGGCGGAAGCCGUAAGAUAUCUGAAGUUCAAGUGAGAGUUUGUCAUUAUUGGCAGAGGCUGUUUAGAUUUACUUAAGUUGAAGUCAAGUUAAGUUUGUGUUGGCGGAUGCUGUAUUUUAAAGCUCUGUGAAAACCAUGUUACUUUGGUGUUAAACUUCUUUGUGUUAAUCCGACACCCCUGCUUGCUGAUCGCCAGUGAAUAAUUAUCCUCAAAACAUUCGAACUCGUAACAUUGCGUUUUAGCCAAUUCCAUGCUCAACGUAAUUGACUCUUUACCCAUCCCUUACAUAUCUUUAAUCAGUACAUGAGACUGCUAUGCUGUUUUUGAAGCCUCAUGUAAGAAAAAUUGCUGGUUUUCAGUGUCACGUCAUUCAAACUAGAUCAAAAUAAAAAUCAAAACCGGUCAAUAGAUAAAGUCUGGAAACUGGGAGAUAAAAGGAGGUAAAUAUAUAUACAAAGACCCUCGCCAAGAUUCAGGCCAGAAGGAAUAUUUCGUAUACGAGAUGUCGGAAGAAAUGUUUUACCCAAAUUUAUAGAGAUUUGUAUGGAGACGCCAUGUUGGUGCCCACCUGGAUGAGCACCAACAUGGCGGACGGAAACUAACAAAAACAUCUGUUACCGAGUUUUGGAAAAAAAGCGUGAAUUUAUUCCUCGAGGAACUCAUAAACAUUAAACAUUAAAGUAAUACUUUUUCUAAUUACCUGAACUGUUUAGAUAGCAAAAUUCCCCGAAAUACUUCACUCUUUUAACCUACAAGACAGCUCUCUCGGCCGUCAUGUAAAUGCCACGUCACGCAGUAGCUUGGAAAUUCAAGCGUACUCUAUCAAAAAAACCAAGAACCCUUUUCGAAGCGAAAAUUUGUACGAAAAUUAGUUUUCAGCUGCUCGAAUACAUCAUGAAAGUAAAAUCUCAGUAAGAUUGAUAGUUUUGUAGUUUGAGUUUUAGUGACGUCAUGUGAAAACCAACAAUAUAGAGUCCUUUUUUCACUGUUUGUUUUAAAUUUGUCAGGCUUGUUAUUCACCGCCAGUAACCUCAUAUUUGACUUAGGUCUAAACGUUUAGACCCAAGUAAAAUUUAGAAGGAUAUGUAUGGAGUCAUCAGAGCAUAACUGGGCUAAUAUCUUAGAGACAAUUUGCCCCGAAAUGCUAGAUUUUGGCAAGUAGGCCUCUUGGAUGUUACCCUUUUAAGAAUAUCCUGACAAAUCCCAUAAUUUGACAAAUUAACACUUUGCUCUUACCAUAGUUCUUACUAUUCCUCCGCAUUUACAAUUAAUCAGUUUCACAACCACGACGGGGAAGUGUACGCUCCAUAGCGUCUUAUUUCUUUAGUAUUCUGUACAAUAAUAGGCUUGCUUUGACUUAAAUAACAUGACUCGUUUACUACGGACACUCCGUUCAGUGUCCCUUCUAAUGGGGUUUGACUGUAUUUUCCUCGCGAAAACUCCACUCUAUCUUUUUAAGAUUGUGCUUUUUUAUUUUCUAUCUUUCUAUCUUAUCCAGGAGGCGAAGGCAGUAGGGGUGGAAAAGGGAGACAUUGUAAGACGUAUUUCAUGAUGAAACGUCAAUUUCCGGUAUGCGGGGAUGGUGGACUGGGGCAUAAAGCCCCUGACGGACCACGUGGCAAUAAUGGACCGCCCGGAAGAAGUAAGCUAGCCCCUCUACCUUACUUUAUUUUCUACCACUGUCUUGUCUAGGGCCUUUUCACAUAACGUCAACCGCCAUGUUGCUGUCCAAAUGCAAUAAAAAGGGGCGAUAAUUGUCUUAUGUAAACGCAUUUUUUUGUCGCAAUACAUUGCGUAGCUGCUGGCCACGAGUGUAAAAACUCUAUAAUCUGUAUUCCUGGUCUAGAGCGUUUACAUUGACGUGACCAGCAUCCAUUAAAAUUUGUGGGAACAAAAGAACGCGUUUACAUGAGAAAAGAGUUCAAUUCCGACCGGAUUGGUUUAGAACACCACAUGGCCGCCGUUUUAUUGUUUUGGAACACCAAUAUGGCCGCCGUGACGUCAUGUGAAAACGCUCUAUAUUCACAAAUAUUUUUUCUUUCCGUUCAAUUAAGUCGUCUUUAAGUAUCAACUCUGUCAAAAUCAUCAAGUCCUUAAACAUCAGAGAAUAAUCCUGCAAAGAUUUGAAGCAGUUAUAGAAUGUCAACUUCUUCGGUUUUUCUCUUAGUUAUAUCCAUGCAAUGCUAGUCUACCCAAACUGACAUCUAGACACUUCCAGCUGUUUCCCAUAGAAUCUGUUUUAAUGCUACAAGAUGCGGUCUCUGCAACUCAAUUUCGCAGCUGUUCCCCCGCGGAAGGGGAUGGGUAAGCUAACUGGGGACGCUCGUGGGAAGACAAGAAUUUAGCCCCCUCCCCCGCCCAAAAAAGUGGGCGUGGUUCAGGCUUUAUCUGAUCACUAAAAGAAGACAAUAUUCCAGCUCGGUAUGACGACUUUUGUUUGUCUGUAACACCCCAUGUAAGGGAAUCCACGAAAGUCUGGGAUUCUGGAUUCUACGACGUGAAUUCUGGGUUCCAGGUACUGGAUUCCAGAUUCUUUGUCAGUGGAACUUGGAUUUUGGAUUGGCAUCGUUAGUGGGAUUCCCUCGUCCUUGAGCUGAAUCACGGAUUCCAGAAAGUCAGGAUUCCAGAUUCCACAAGCCGAAAUUUCUCGGAUUCCGAAAUUCGGUUUCCCUUGCAUGGGGCGAUUUGCCUACUUGUUUUCUUAUUUUCAUAAAGAUACACUGGAUGUUUCUUUACGCACAACUCUAAACAGAACGUCUAUGGGUAAAGAUAAUGAAUAUCCGUCCUGAAUCCCCUAUGAACGAUAAAAAUCUACAAUUUCUAUCCCUAAGCGAGGCAUAAUGCAUCCCCGUCACUUUAAAACUGGGACAUUCCCCUCCGCCUUUCCAAAUUUAACACUAAAUGUAUGAGCAUGCAGCAGCGGGGCCUCUCCAAAUGUUUUCGAAAUGAGCUUCGUUACGUUACUUUCAUUCUUUUUAUGUUUAAUUGUUUAGCCCCAAAUAUCAAGGGUAAAGACGGCGCUGUAAGUUUGAGUAACAUACAGUCGAGUACUUUGGACAAACAAAGUAAGCAGAGGUUCCCUCUCGAGUUGCUAAAAAUUAUGAAAAGGAAGGCUGAAGACUUGCUCCUUGCGGAACCAAAGAGUCGCUCCGGCAAAAAAGCUCUAAAGUUUAUCAUAGGUGUAGUGGAAGAGAAAGCAGAUGUUGAUGUGAGCUUCAAGAGAGGUACUUCAGUUUCAUUUCAAGCUAUAUACUGAGAUUAUAUAUUGUAUAUACAUCCUAACUUUAAGCAGGAUGUCUUACAACAACAACAACAAUCAUCAUCAUCAUUAUCAUCAUCACCAUCAUCAAUCAACAGCAGCAGCAGCAGUGCUAUUACUAUAACGACAAUAAUUAUAACAAUUCAGUAUAACUAAUUCAGUAAAAUCCAACUAGUUGUCUAUUAUCAAUGCUGCGUUCUGAUUGGUUGAGCCAUUACUAGGCUAUAUGUUAUAGCCCACUAGUAGAGAAGAGCGCCGGCUUUGAAAACCAAAACAAUGGCGGCUGAUUUCCGUUUUGCUAGCUUAAGUUGUUUUGUCUCAAAUUUUUUUAACAACUAGUUGGAUUUUACUAAAACAAUUGUUCCUCUCGCCCUCAUUGCCUCUGAGUCAAUAGCCCAUUCGGUCUUCGGCCUCAUGAGCUAUUGACUCAGAGCCCAUUCGGACUCUAGGAAUAAUUGUUAAUUAGUAUAUACUAAACAGUGGAUAGUGUUUUUCACGCGCUCUGAUUGGCUACUCAAUCAGUGAAUAUCCAAUGCUAUUCACGGAUUCACCUCCACUUCCUUCGAGCGAGCGACGCCAAACUCUCGUAAGUUACUAGCAAAAUGGCUUCCCGGUUUGCUGCCAUAACAAACAAACAAAUUUCACAAAUAAUCAAGCAAGCUGUUACCGAAACACACGAAGAAGGUUACGAAGUUCGGUUUGGAAGUUUUGACAGGUAAAGCUUUGUCUUUUUUACUUGAAUUUAUUGAUGAAACCGGUGAAGAAGUUUUUUGUUUACAAAUGCAAAUUAAGCUGAGUCUUAUAGUAAACUAAUAUAUAGUAAACUAAUUAUUCACCUCACUGUCGGUGGCUAGUGUUGGAUAUUUACAUCGUCUUUUCGCGGCUCGGUAAAUGACACCACUAACCACCUCCACUUUGGUGAAUAAUAUAAUUGUUAUCUAUAAUCUGAUUAUUUACCAUGCCCAAUAAUUAAAGCACAAAGGCUAGUAGAUAUGAACUGGGUCAAACCAAAUAUUUCACUAGAAGUAAAUAUGAAAAGGUUAAUAAUCUGAACUGACCGGAGGCAGACCUGAAGUUGGCGAAUUUUUAAGCUUAGCCGAAUAUAUGAACACAGGACUACUGAGAAACAACUCCCGAAAGUGUUCUGAGUGGGAUUAAACCCUAGGAAUUUGGAUCAGGGGAGUACCCAGGGGAGUUAAACACAGGACUUCGGAGAGACAGCUCCAGCCAUUGCCGUGAGAUGGAUUUAAACUCAGGAAAUUGGGGAGUAUCAACACAGGACUACCGAGAAACAACUCUAGCCACCAAUCAGAUAGGGAGUUAAACCCAGGGAGUAUCCAGGGGAUUUGAGCACAACACUACCGGGGUGACUAACAGAAAACAAAUCCCGCCUGGGGUCUGAGUGGGAAUAUAACCCAGGGAAUUGGGAUCAGGGGAGUACGAAGGUAAGUAUUAGAGUCUGCAAGAUAACUACAGCAAGGCGUACUACCACUGACUCUACGGUCAGAGGUUGCCUCAAAAGAAUACUUCAUUGUCAUCGUAUUUCUGACUAUACAUACGAGUGAUUUCUGCUUGCAAACAUUUGACCUUAGGUUCCUGUCAGGUAGGUACAAAGAUUUCAACGCCAGAAACAAAUUGAGACCAAUUGCCCCCUUCCCCCUCCCUCCCCUAAGAUUGUUAAUUACCAGGUACUACUGUAAAACUCAGAUAUGGACAACAAACUUUCGAAUGCGAAUGUACAAUGUAAGGCUUCCAGACAAAGUUGAGAAUGAUUACAAAUCGUUAGUUGGGAGAAUUAUCUCAUGCAAACUGUAUCCUAGGCUCAGUCUCCAGCCUUGCGUGUCUCAAUGCACCCGCGGUACUCCCCCCACCGAGAGCGUAUCGAGACACCCAAAGCAGGGGACUGAGCCUUACUUAAGCCUUGCCCCACCGCGUUCUCGUCGCCAGUGCCUUCAGGGGGCCUGAGCACGAGGACCAGGAGGCCCUGAGGACACAGGAUUUGAAGUCCUAGAUUUUAGGACUUCCGGUCAUUUCCGUUUCAAAAGUAACUUGGAGGAUUGUCUUUUAAAGGCUUUGAAUCUCCUAAAUUUACAGUUAUUGACACUUCGGCAACAGCAAGUGAACGCUAUUAGAAACGUUGUAGAAAAUAAGAAAUGACCAGAAGUCCUAAAAUCUAGGACUUCAAAUCGUGUGUCCCCAGAUCGCCCUGGUCCUCGUGCUCAGGCCCCCUAGGAAACUCUGGGGACGAGAAUGGCUCCACCGUCGAUGUAUAUGAAGAUAGAAAAGGAAACACCUAUCAUCCAGACAUGAUGUGAUUGUAUGCUCAUUCAGCGGUGAUACGCUUAUGAGUGAACUCUUAUAUCAACUGUAUCUCGUUCAUCUUCAGAGGUUAAAAGGAAGUAUGGUUUUGCGGGUAAAGAGGACUUUGAUAUCUUUGGAAGAAAUAAACUGUUUGCCCCACGUAUCAAAUGGGAAGCUCUGAAGGUCAUAGCAGAAAAUGUAAAGAACUCGGCCAAGGAGUACGAAGUCGCAUUUAACGGAAUAAAGGCUUCGAUAGAAAAUAAAGGAGAUAUAACACAGGUUGGUGACUCAUACCUCAAACUUCACGAAUCUUAGAGAAAAUAUUUCUUGAGGUAUAUCAGUGUGCUCAACCACUAUUUUGUGUAAAACAUAUUGCAUUUUAUAGUCCACAACACGAGGCUAGGACUGGGGUCAGACAGAGGCCUUUGACAGGUGUCGGUAUAGGGAGGUAGGAGAGAAAUGUGACUCCAGUUUUGGGGGUAAUGUAAAAAAUGGAAGGCAAACAUGCUUUUUAUAGCAUACUAAUACGAUAGACCGUCAAUAUAUAAACCGAAAGUAAAUUUUCAGAACAUGAAAAGCUAAAACAAAAAAACGAAUAAGAUACAAAAAGUACACUAGAUUGUACUCAGUACUCUUUUAACGGUCUAAGUGGAGGUGUUAUUAAGCAGUUGACGCACUGUUGGACGAACUGUUGUAUUGUAGUCAUUUCUGUCGUGAAAAUAAAAGCCUUUGUACAGAUUGUAACGCAAGAGUAGAUAAGUGGAAUGUCCGGUAGGCUAAAUAGAAGUGGCCGUUACCGAUCUAACAUGAUUAAUGUUUGAACUUGCAGAUUUAAACACAGAUAUUUCCAGUAUUUAUUGGCCUGUUUCUUAUUUCUGGUAAUACAAGUAAAAAAUAACUGUUUAAAAACGGUUUUUGUAGCUUGCCAAGAAGAUGUCUUCUCUGGCUGAAAAACAGAUUGAGUCGGAGAAGAAGCGAUUGGUAGAAGCCAAGAACAUUGCCCAGAGCGAAAAGAGACUUUAUGUGAAGGUAAAACAUCUGAAACAUACUAAAAAGUACGGUGGUGUAAUGGCGGUAGAGCCGCACGGGUAAAUUGAUACUACUUGAUGUAAUUUAAUUAGGAUACAGCGCCUUUGACGACCUAUGACGUUAUUUAAAAUAACGGGUAUCUUGGACUUUACUAAAACCACUCAUUGUUGCUUAAAAAAGGAUUGACUUAUGGUCAUUUGUGAAGUCAUAUCUUGUAUCAACAGCAACCGAUCGCGUCACCAAAUUUUGUUAAAUCAUCUGAGGAAGACUGGACGUUUUGGCCUAAGGCCGUUUUAACAAAAGUCCUGGAAAAAAGUUUUGGGGGUGGCAUCUAUACGUCCCUCGGCGUAUGUCACACCCUUCUUAUCCUAAGACUUCUAUUUCCUUAUCUACAGCACGUAGACUGACCCUAGCAUGGUGUGAAAAGCUUGAAGUUAUAAAACUACUGUUGCGAAGGACAUAUUGAGCGAGGACUGGACCCAUGAACGUGAGGAUUUUAAUAGUCGUUCGGCCAUCUCGUGUUCGGUUCUACCGUUCCUGUGGUCGCAAAUCUCACAGUAAAAUCUCGGUAAAAUUGAGUCAAUCCAUCGUGAAGACAACGUCGCUCAGCUACCAGAUGUUCUUCCGGGAUAUUGAUCGGUGAAAAUCAACAAAACGUAAAUAAAAUCAACGUCAUGAACAAAACGACUUAAAGUCUCGUGGUCAUGGGAAUGUUCGUUUCCUGUCCUUGCUCAAUUUUUCCUUCGCGACAAAUUCAGUUAUGAAACUUGGGGGUUCUGAAAAAUGUGUAUCUAUUUACUAUAUCUAUUGCGAAGUAUAAGCACAGGUGUACCGUGAGACGGGGGAAGUUUCACCUCCAACCAAAGCGCAAUAAAACCCUUAUUCUUUGCGAAAAAGAGCUUUGUGAAAGUAUCUCUCCCCACAAAUAUAGUGUUUCUGAGUUUUAUGUUACGUUUUCACUAAUUCUAUAAUUUUAAGUACGAAUUGUUUUUCUCCUUGUAGUCAAUUCGACAGUUAGAAGCCCAGAUGAAUGGCAUUUUGAAACAAGUGGAAACUAUGCUCCCGGAGGUGUAUGAAAAAGCAAAGAUGAACGCAAAUGACUUCCUGGCAAUUCUGCAGGGUCUUACUGGAUUUGUCAGCAGCAUAGCAUCGAAAGACCCGUUUGCAUUUAUCGAUUCGGCACUUGGAAUUGCUGAGAGUCAACUAGGAAAGCAAUGUCUUAAUUCGCUUGAGGGAUAUCUUGCCAGUAUCAAAAAGUGGUUAACAUUUGGAAAGAAUUACAAUCCUUUGAAGGAUUCGAGCGAUCUCGACUUUGAUCAAGUCGACGUUAAUUCAGUUCCGGAAAUAAUGCAGGUGCAAAACGUUAUUCCGUGUUGUAAAAUGUAUUUCCAUCAUCAUAUCCAAGACAAUUAACUUAAGCAUUUAGCAAAAAUAAGCUGUGUCCUUAGUGUCGUCCCGUGUAAGGUAAUCCAACAUAGUCUUGGGUGCUAGAUUCACGCUGUUGACAACGGAUUCGACUAGGUACUGGAUCCAGGAUUCUAUUUCAGUUGAACUUGGAUUCCGGAUUCAAAUCGUUGGUGGGAUUUCGGAUUCUUGAGCUAAAUUGCAGAUUCCAAAGCCUAGGAUUUCGAAUUCCAGAAGUAAAUAUUUCCCAUGAUUCCGCAAUAUGAGUUACCUUCAAUGGGCCGAAUAUAAUCAUGCGUUAGUGCCCAACAAUAGACUCGUAGUCGUUUCUACGCUUAGAGAGAAUAACAGUUAAGACAAACAAGCCAGAACAAGGACAAUGCAAAUUUGUGACAGAAUAAAUCUCUUUACAAAUUCUCGCUGCGAAGUUUUAAUAACGAUAAGAUCCUUGUGUCGAAUUACGUGGAGGCUGAGAAUUUGCCGAGACUCAUCGUCUUGGAAACUCGGGCAUGAAUGGGCCAUUUCCGAGUUCCCGCGCGAGGGCCUCUAGUUCAAAACGAGGGUAGGUGCUCAGCCUUUGAUAUGGAAAUCAUUUUUCAUUCUCAUGCAAAUAAAACUGAUUUUCACAAGAGAGGUUGUGCACCUAGCCUCAUUUUCAAAGUGAGGGUUUUUGGAACUCGGAAGUGGCCUAUUAUCUUCCCUCUGGUUUAGUUAGGGUGUGCAAAGAAGGUUUAAAAGAUAAACUUGAAAUAUUUUACCUUUCUUUCCACCAUUAAACAAAUAAAUCAUGGAAGGACAACAGUUGAUUUGCUAAAAAAAACAGGUCUAUUUAAAUGUCAAGGUAUGUUUAAAACAAUAAGAAAUUAAUAUUGAUGAUACUGUUUAUACUGCUGAAGAUAGGAACGUUAUUAAUUACGUGGUCAUCACAGCCACGCGAACGUUUGACCGUUUGCAGCAGGGCAAAGUUAAGUACCUUCUUUCUCAGCUGUGUUUAGAUGUUGAGUAUUGGUCCAGUUCCGCCCCGGAAUUGAACCCAAAACAUCCCGUUCUGUUAACCAGCACUCUAUCGAUUAGGCUAAUUGUCAGCCACCGUCCUAUUUAAAUGAUUUGUCGCAUAUUCGUAAUCUCCCCUCAUAGUUUUAUUCAACUCUGUCUGAUAUUUUGUUGUCUAAUAGGCCAACCUCGAGAUGCAGAAGGAAUCUUUAGCAAGUGAGCUGGUGUGUCUAUUGGAUGUUGCCUCCCGCGAAUCAGACGUAGCACCGCUCAAACAGCAACUGGAGUCAUACUUCAUUGCGGGAGCUGCUCGUAUUGACUUGAUAGGAAAGAUAACUGAUCUUGAUAAUGAAAUUGGGGGUUAUAACUUUGAUAUACCUCUCCUAGAGGAAACAGCAACGACGAUAAAGGAUUUAGGCAACCCGAGCGGUACGUAGGCGUAACAAUUAUCCAGAUCUCGGAGCAUGUUAUUGAUCCCGCCUUUGGCCUUAAUGGAUAACACCCUCCUCAAUCAGUAUAAUCCUUCAUAUCAUAUUCAGCCUUAUUCAAUAUUUGUUUAAGAAUAUCAACAUCCCCACUCAUGACACGGCACACAAAUUUCCGAUGGUACUGAUGAGGAAAACAAGACCUUUUACUCUAGUUGAUCAUUUCCUUUUUUUCUCACGAAAAGUUUUGUUUGAUUAAGCAUAAAGAGAAUAUUUAUACCUCUCAGGUCUUAAAACGGAACACUGUAUCGCAUUAGGAAGACUGCCAUCUCAUCACAAGAGAAAAAAAAACUGAUACAGUCAAGCCUAUUCUAAUAAGCUUCAUACGAUCCUUCCCUCUAUGUCAAAGGACACCUCUCUUUUAAAGUACAUUUCACUUGCUGCCAAACUUCAUUCAUUUCCUACCUCUCAGAUACAGACACCUCUCUAUUACGGAAAGGUCUCUCUCUACAAAACUUCAUACCAUACCUCCCUCUGAAAUACAGCACCACUUUUGGUCCCAUAGAUAUCAUACUUCAUACAUUACCUCACUUUGUGCUACGGACACCUCUCCAUUAGAAACACUUCUCUUCCUGGUCCCAACAACACCAAAGUUCAUAUAUUCCCUAACUCUAUAAUACGAACACUUCUGUAAUAUGGACAGUCAGGUCUGUCUCUCUAGUGCCAGUACGAGGGAAGUUCAAACAUAGUUAUGAAUAACUCAAUGCAAAAAGACUACCAGUCUCAGGUUUCAAACCAGAUGAUUUGGCCCGUGUAGCAAUCUACUCCCUGAGGUAUUCGUCAGUUCUUAAAUCGUUGACUUCCUUUAUGUGGCAAUUUACUGAUUUCGUGAGGUGCUUACUAUUCUUGGGUUACCUUGACACUGCCAAAACAUUUUACACGUUUGCUUAAUAUUUCUUGAUUGCCUUGAACCCUUUUAGGUACUCCUAUAACUAAAGACCUUCAACUGAGAUUCAUGGAAAACCUGUUGAGUACAUAUCGGGAAAUGGAACGGACAUUUAUGGAAAGCGUUUAUGAGCUUUAUAAGGCAUUUAAGUUUCGAACCUUGUGGGAAGCAGAAAAUCCUCUCGCCGAAUUCCAAAGAGUGGCCAGUGAGAGUGCGCAUGGCACUGGACGUCUCAGUGGGAUGAUUCAACUUACAGAAGUACUUCAAAAUAUGAAAAAACUUGAAAUAACGGCAGUAAAAUGUUUUACAGACAACAUUUACGCGGACGACGUAAAGAAAUGGAGUUUUGAUAAGGACAAGCACCAGGAGGUAAGAAUAAUUACCGUACUUACUCUGAUUAGCACCACCCCCGAUAAAGCGCCGCCACAAAGUAAGAGCCGCAUUUAGGAAAGAAAAGGUCAUUUGAGCCAGACGAGAUAAUUUUAAAAAUUAAAGUGCCGCUGUGCUUGUUCGAGUGAAUAAAGUACAGAUACAGAUUAGCACGAACCGGCGCAACACAAUUACAUAUAUUCUCCGAGAAAUGACUCGAUAGAUGAUGCUUUAGUCUGAAAUGUCAUCCGUCUCUUCGCCCCACCCUCCCAAACUGGGACGCGACCUUACCGCCCGUUUGGGGGUGGGGCAAACACAUAAGUGACAUUUCAGACUAAUGAUGCUUUAUCUUUUAAGACGAUUCCAGCUUGUACACUCUAAAACAGAAAGAUCUGUUUUAGCCCUAAAAAUAGGGCCGCUUCGGUGAGUAAACUACAGUCCUAUUUUUGAGUCUAAUUUGGCUCCCUUAAAUCAGGGCCAAUACAGUCCAAUUAGCUAGGGCUGAUUUGGUCCGAGGGCUGAAAUGGGCCCUACCGUGGGCUGGAAUAACCUCUUGAUUGAGCUUUUUUGGCCUAAAUUGUGUUCAAAUGGCCCCAGGAAGGGCUGAAUUGACCCUUUGGGGCUGAAACAGGUCUUUUUAAUUUUCAGUGUACACAUUAUUGUAUCGUCGACAAUGCAGGAGUUUUUCCACAAAUAGGUUUACGCAGCUACGACGAACGUAGAACUGUGAUUUGGCCGUUGUGGUCUUUUACAGUCUUGCCACUUGAAGUAGAACCGUUUUCUUCAGAAGAUAAGAAAAUUAAAUUGUUAAUACCCGUUGAAUUUUUUUCAGCUCCGUGCUAAUUAAUUAAAGAGCACUAUUAUUUUCUUGAUUCUGGAUCUAAAAAUAAUACAAAAGACAGCUUAGUCUGUAAACUUAGUUUACAGACUAAUUAAAAUGUAACACAUUUUUGAAAGUUUGACGUUUUUCUUUUUGUAUGCAGAUAUUCAAAGGCAUAGCAAAAGGUUAUACGAGAUUUAGCAUCAACAUUGAUAAGAGCUGUACCACAUGCUACAACAUUCGAUUAUUAAAGGUAAAGAUUUCUAGCCAGCUUGAUCUGAAGACAAGAGAACUUCCUGUUAAUUUUUCAAGGGAAAUAUUUGAAUUUAACUGACCCUUAACCCCUAAAAAAUCUUAGGUUUCAGAGACAUGAUUUUGAGAUAAAUGUGUCUCUACAGUACUAGAUAAAGCAUGGCAUUUGGGAGCAAAAAUAACUGAUCAUAUUUAUGACAGUAAGAACUAAUCUUGAGAUGAAUGGGAAUAAGCCACAGAGCUAACACAUUUUGAGACAUUGACACUACAUUUCUUAGCAACGGUAGCAAUUGAUAUUUGGUAGUUUCUUGGUGUUGCGGGCGGGUGUGAUCAUCAAAUGACGUGAUUCAAAGAUUUAUAAAGAGUCACUGAACACUACCCAUACAACAACACAAGAGCUAACCAACAAUGGUAUCCGAAACACCAAGAAACGCCCGAUAUUUGAAAGAAGAAAGUCAUUGAAAACUUGACCUUAAUCAGAAAUUUCAUUGGCUGGUGUAAUAGGUUUAGGCGUUCGGCGCAACGAUUUCUAGGAUUAUUUGAGGAGGCAAUCGUCAGUUAUGAUACGUCGAACGAAAGUCAACUAUAAGGCCACCCACACGAUCCUAGAAAUUUUUGCACGGAGAUUUUGUACCCAUUCUCCUUUUUUUCGCGUGGGAGAAAUAAAGAUGUUCCCCUUUAUUUGGCUAAAAAGCUGCAUUUUUUUUCAUGUAGCUCUAUGUUGAGUUAACUGGCGAUGAGAAACAAGAGAAAAAUAUUCCCAAAGAUGUUCACCUGCAAAUUCGCCAUCUGAGUGCAUCUUACUUCCGAGCAGGAGACAACUCUAUUAAAGACUACCGCCAGCCUCUGGGAUCAUACAGGAAAAUCGAGUUUAACCGCUUUGCUACCACUGACCAAAAAAAAUGUGAAGAAAGUACAGCACGUGAGUAUUCUACGGUGGCCCAUUAGGGACAUGGAAAGUUACUCUUUUUACUAGCAAUCGACACUUAGUAACUGUCGAUCGACACUUAGUAACUGUCGAUCGACACUUACGUAACUGUCGAUCGACACUUAAUAACUGUCGAUCGACACUUAGUAACUGUCGAUCGACACUUAAUAACUGUCGAUCGACACUUAGUGUCUAUCGACGGUUAGUAAGUGUCGAUCGACAGUUACUAAGCGUCGAUCGACAGUUAUUAAGUGUCGAUCGACAGUUACUAAUGGUCGAUCGACAGUUACGUAAGUGUCGAUCGACAGUUACUAAGUGUCGAUCGACAGUUACUAAGUGUCGAUUGCUAGUAAAAAGAGUAACUUUCCAUGUCCCUAAUGGGCCACCGUAGUAUUCUGGGUUUGAAGGUCGUAUUCAGAUCAUUUUUACCAGCAGCUCUGAAACUCUGGAAUGGCCUACCUGUGGAGCUUCGUCAAGCAACAUCACUUAACAGUUUUAAAUCUCGACUUAAAACGUAUCUUUUUAAGAAGUAUUUUUAUAGUUUGUAACUUAGUUUAUUUUAUUCUCACGGUAAUGUAUUUUCGUUUUCUCUUAAAUAUAUGAUUGUAAAGCGUUAUUGAUCAGAGUAUGUAAAUACGCGCUAUAUAAAUUGGUAUAUUAUUAUUAUUAUUAUUCAAUUUGCAGAUUACUGAAUGUUUAGUCAUUUUUCACCUGAAUCGGUUACAAAAUUGAUAAGACUUUGCCAUCCAACAUGUACCGCCGCCCAGUUAUAAGCUGAAUUGGGUAAAAGGCCGGUCUGCCGAGCGAGAGACCGCUGGUUCAAACCCCGGCCGAUAAAUAACUGAGGAGAAAGUGCUGCCUUUGCAAAAACAUCUGCAAAAGGAUAGCCAAGACUUUACAGUUCUCUCUGAUAAUGAUGACGAACCAUAGGCCCCGUCUCACAACCCUUGCACGUAUAUAAACCGUGAGAUAUGAGGCACGCACUGUUCGUAAAGGGUAGGGGACGUAAUCUCCGAUGUGGUGGCCUCUUAUAAGGGGAGGGACUGUUACGGGUCCGCGGUAAUUGGCGCCACGCGCUGUUGCCUUCCCAAGAAUUGGCGAACCUGAGUGUAUUUUUGGUUUUUAGCAAAAAGGACUCCUUCCCUACACCCCAAUCUCUGCCAAAAGCCACCUAACAAAUUAUGCAUGAGUAUUGCAUGGGGGAAGGUAGAGGGCUAGGCUUGGACUGAGCUUGCAGCUUUUGGUUUUACAUGACUUUGGUGAAAGAGUGCCUCAACUACAGCUAGGAGUAGCGUCUUUCAUACGAGCGUCGGCAUAUAGAUAGAGAGAUAUUUCAGGGUUGGAAAGCACUCUGUUAGAAUAAACAUUGCGAUACUGUUUUUGUUUUGUUCUGUUUUCUGAACAGCAAGCACUUUCUGCCUGACCAAAGUCGACAGCCGCUGGGAACCUAUGUGCAGCCACCCACUGAGUAAAAGCACGUGUCGGGACAGUCUUUUGGGGCAAGAAGAGUGCAAGAGUCCUUUUGGUACAUACGAAUUGAAGAUCCCUGUGGAUAAAAGUCUGGCUUGUGACAAUACUGGUAUAACGGACAAGAACUGCAAAGACUUGGAUGUAAGUAACAUGAGUUAUGAUCGGACGCUUUUUAAUUGAAUCCUAUAGUGUUUGUUCUUGCCACUGGCCUGAAAGGGACAAUGAUUUAAAUAUGGACCUUUUUAUAAAUUUUCUCUUGUUUUCUUUUGUGUUUUUCUUACGGACUAUUUUAGCUUACCAAGUUUACCAAGAUGAAUGUGUGGAUGUACUAUAUUUACUGGUCAGACAAUUACCCAACAGGACCAAAGGAUCCUAUUUGCAGGAGUCCGCGUGACAAACGAAAACACGUUACU